AUGCUAAAGGACCCGGCUGCCGAAUGUGACCACCAUCUUGCCUGCGGCAACGGAUACUGCGUGGCCGGGAAGUGCGUGACCUGCGCACGCGACUCGCACUGCGGUCCGUGUCUCGUGUGCGCCGCGCACCAGUGCGUGCAGUGUGCGCUAAACGACGACUGUGCCGGUUCGGCUGUCUGCGUACAGAACCACUGCGCCGAGUGCCGCUCGGACAGCGACUGUGCGCACGGCUACCGCUGCUCGGGCAACAAGUGCUGGCGGCAGGAAGUGCGCGACGGCCCCUGCUACAGCGACUCCGACUGCACGUCCGGCCACUGCAUCGACAGCCGCUGUGCAGACUGUGUCUACCACUCUGACUGCGGCUCGCUGCACUGCUGCCUGCGGGCUGCAUUCGCAAAACUGAAGACGGGACUUUCACUGAAGCAGACAGAAGUUCUACUUAUGCAGAACGAAGACGAGACUUGCACUGAGGCUGAGUGGGAGCGGGACAUCCACUGA